AUGGAUUUCGGUCUUACUACCCUUGCUUCCCUUGAUUUAAGUGGGACCAAGCUUGAAAGCUCAUUGUCCAGAGGUCUUUGGAACUUGACUUCCCUCCAACGCUUGGAUUUUUCUUCGGACCAGUUGAAUGGUUCACUGUCAGAUGAGCUUUUCUAUCUUAACAAUCUCAUUUCUCUGAACCUUGGCUGGAAUCAAUUCGGAGGCUUCUUGGAAGGAAUUUGGAAUUGGAGUUCCCUUACAUCUUUGGAUCUAUCAGCGAAUAACUUCACUACCUUCCUCCCAAGCCAAUUAUCCACUUUAACUGCCCUAAUUUCACUUGAUCUUGGCUCCAAUUACUUUCGAGGUUCUAUCCCAAGCUCUAUUGCCAACAUUUCCAACCUUCAAUAUCUUCGUCUGUCAUAUAACAUCUUCCUUAGCUCCUCUUUACCAAGUGAAGUAUUCACAUUGAAGGACUUGAUUACACUUGCUGCAAGUAGUAAUCACUUAAAUGGUCCAAUUCCAAGCACAGUUGGCAACUGUAACAAGCUAGAAAUCCUUUUGCUACAUGAUAAUGCUCUAUCUGGUUCAAUUCCAUCAAGUUUAGGAAGCUGUACCAAGCUCAAAGAACUUUCGCUAUAUGAAAAUCCUCUAUCUGGUUCAAUUCCAUCAAAUUUAGGAAAACUGUCAUCCUUAGAGCACUUGGAUGUAUCUCACAACAAACUCACUGGAACUCUUCCUGAAAGUCUUUGGUAG